AUGUUCUCAAAUCGAUCGAUAGAGGAGCUGAGAGGACUCUGUCCUAUGCCGUUCCUGGACGUCAAGCAGUUCCCCCCAAGUGAUGGAUAUACUCCGGGCCGUUUUUGUUCUUCCUUGGGCGAUGGAUUAACAUGCUGUCUACCGUGCCCCGCAACAGACUGGAUAUUCCCAGAAAACUUCCACUCGUGGAGCAGGGCGACAGAAGUCCUUAGUGCGCUCAGUGUCGCGGUUUCCUUGUUCCUCCUCAUCUCAUAUGCCGCUCUUCCUGCCGAGAAAUCAAGGCGACAUUAUCUCAGUGUCUGUCUCGUUAUUGGCAUUGGACUACUGGAGCUUGGUUUCGUCGUGCCCCUUGCCGCGCAGCCUGAACAGUGCUUCAACGAAAUUACACCGAAUGACAUGUACUCAAGUAUGACUUGCGCGUGGUCUGGCGCAUUCAUUAUUUCUGGCAGCCUCACCACAGGCAUGUGGAUUUUCAUUCGAACUCUCUCCAUGCACCUACAAAUCUGCUGGGACGUCGUUCCUGGCAAGAAGUUCUUCUAUGGUUCUCAAGCCCUGGGAUGGGGCCUGGUAUCGUUGUUUUUUGUGCUCACGUUGGUGUUCACCGGUGUCAGUUUCCGAUUCGGCGAUGCAUGUCACGUCAACUCGGAGCAUUCGACGAAAGAUUUCUGGGGCCCCAUGCUUGGGAUGGCAGGUGCAAGCGCGUUAUUGCAAAUCGCGACUUUCGGUUAUUGCAUUCACGUCUACAUCAAGAACAUGUUCAGUGACGAGAAGACAGAGACGAGUUCCAGCGGCGGACUCGCCUCCUACUCUGGCUCAGCCCAUCGCAACCAGACCGCCCGCGGGGUCUACCGCCGUGUCACAAAGGUUCUCUGGCUUCAAUGGCGUGCCAUAUUGAUGGUUAUCUUCAUCCUUGCCGACGUCAUCUUCCUCUCCGUCGUCUUCAUCUACCUCAACGAUAUCACCGACCACGCUUUUACGACCAAAAGAGACCAACUCAUGCCUUGGCUCACCUGUCUUUUAAUCUCCGGAGGGAGAAAGGAGGAGUGUUUUGCCGAUGCUCAGCGGUUCCUGAUCAGCCAACCCGUCGUCACAGCCAUCUUGAUGUUACUCGGUCUCGCAGGCAUCCAAGUUUUCCUACUCCUAUCCCGAUUCAGCUUACUUCGCGCCUGGUACGACUUCUUCCGCAAGCUAUUCGUGCAAAAGAGCGAAUUCGUAUCGCUGGAUGCAAAGCGAUACUCAAACGACGCGCGACAGUAUGAGUUACUGAAGGUGAAGUCGCCCGUAUCGACAAUCACCAGCCCCACCGAGGUGUAUCAGAGCCCUGGGAUGAAUGGCAGGCAAACCCCGGAUUAUUUCCAGUCCAGUCAGCGACAGUACCAUACGCCGAGCAUGAGCUUUUCGAGCCCUCGACCACCGAGCAGCGGCGGUCCACAAUCUCCGCAGAGGCUGGAAUGGGACCCCCGAAGCACACAUGCAAGAGGGGGGUUGGGGUUGCACCCACCGAUCAAGGAUGAGGAGGAUGCGUAUGAUGGAAUGUCCAACAGACUCUGA